UUAAUCACGUGACGCACGUGUCACAUGAUGCUACACGGAAGUAUUCAAGAACUAUUUUAUCAAUGCAGUGUAUUUUAACGUUGAACAGCUGAUUUCUAGUACAAACGACGGCUGUGUUAAACACUGUAUGAGAAAGUAUUUGAGCUAAUACAAAAGUCGACAUGGGUGUGACAGAAUUGGAGGAAUCUUCUCUGUUACUGGACGAAAAGCUGCUCCGUUUCAUGGACCAGCUGGAGUUAUUGGAGGAGAAACGAGCCACUCUCAACUCUCUCAUAGAGCAGGGAUGGUUUUCCAUAUCCAAGGCUCGAUAUUCCAUGGGAAACAAAAACGUCUCUGCACUUCAGUAUGCAAGUGAGAUAGAGCCACUGGUCUGUGUUCAUGCUAGAACACUGGACAAUGGUGAGGUGGAUUUCUGCACAGAAAUAGUUCAAAUGUGUAGUAAUGAGGCUGAAAAAAAUGCAAAGUCAAUAGAGGAUAUUGGACCUCAAGAAGAAGGGGUCAGGAGAAGAAUCAAACCAACAAAGGACAUUGUAGAGAAAGAGACAAGUGAAGGAGCAAGUAGUGAGAAAUCUCCUGAAGUAACUCCAGCAAGAAAGAGUGACCAGAAUCCUCAGCAAGAUCCACUGAAAUGGUUUGGGAUUCUGGUGCCUCAAACUCUAAAACAAGCACAGUCGUCAUUCAAGCAAGUAGAGCUGUCAGCUGAGAUCGCAACCCUUCAGACGGCAGUUUUGAACACCAGACGGGAGCUGAAGCACAGCAUGAAAGACAAACGCAUUCUCCAGGAGAAAGCCACAGCAGCCCAGUUGGACAAGGUGGCAGACUAAGUGAGGCUAGGGAUGAUCUGAGAACAGCUCGUGGCCACAGAGAGUGACAGAAUGGAGUCAGUAGAUUAUGCUUCAGGGUCAGUUGAAAUCAACAGUUAUCCUAAUGGUGGAUUAUGAUCUGGAGAUUACAGAUGUACCAGUUCCUACUGGAAGAAUAAUUGGUAAUAGAUUAUGUUUGAUCUUGUGCUGUAUGUGGCCUGUUUGAGAUGGAUCUGUUUGUAGUUGUGUUGUCGAGUGUUAAAAAUUAAUUUAUAAAUGUAAACAGAACCUGUUUAAAUAUUUUCAAUAAAUGGUCUGUGCCACUUUCCUACAAGUCA